GAACUUCAAGGAAAGACGUCGUAGUAAAAUAUAAAAAUACUUUAAGAUCGAAACACUUUUGAGCAAGAAAACAUUCUGCAAGAACGAAAUUAUCAGAUAGCGGCCUAUUCACUGUAGUUUGUAAAAUGAUGACAGUGCAUUUCUUUUAUCAGUAUGGGACAAUACCGUUUUCAAAAAAAAAACACUGAAGUUUAUAGUGGAGUUUGACGAACAUUUUACCCUGUCCCUACUCUGCUCCGCUUAAAGACAGAGGGAGUUCCAUGUCCGUUAUAGGCUAUGCUGUCGAAAGAAAGGAUGUAACAGGAACAGUACACAAUGAAAAAAUGUUCCAACCCGGAGUGUGGGUUGGAGGGGGAGGAGAGGUUCUGCUAUCAAUGUGGGUGCAAAAUGAUUGAUCCUCCCACAAUCCCUCUUCUGUCCUCUAUCGUCAUCAUCUGUGAUGGGGAGGAUGAAAGUGGCUCUCUUUGUGGGGCCGAACUAAAGACAAUACAGAAGUUCUGCAGCAAAUGUGGAAAAAAAGUUGAUACCAAUUUGUUGGAAGUCCAAACACCUAAUAUAGAGAAAUGUGGGAGAUGUGGAACUGCGCUUUCACCGGGAGAACAUUUCUGCCCCGAGUGUGGAUUCAAGGAACAACCCAUGGCAAAGCAAGGAGCUGAUGCUCCACAAUCUCAAGAAAAUCAGGCAAUUGUUGCUGACAAGUCAGAACCUGUUUCUAUGACAACAACCAAUGUGUCGAAAAGUGAGAAUGAUGUUCAACAUUAUCACCCAGCCCCUUGCCAAACACCAACAUACCAACCACAACAGGCAGAAGAACCAGAUUUUAACAUGGAAGUUCAAGAGUCAGCCACUGAAGUUAAACAUUUACGUGUCGAAGGUCCAGAUCAUGAACAAAAAAUAAAAGCUCAGACUGGGGAAAGAGAUAAGCAGCAAGAGCCAGAUACAAAAACAUUAAGUGCUGGAGAUGCUCAGCAAGGUGAGGCAUCAACUCUUAAACCAAUAGAGGAACAUACCAAACCCCGAGAACUAACAGAAGAAGAAGAGACACAGACUAACAAACCAGUAGCUGUAGAAACUCAGAGUCAAGAUCAGGUUAAUUUGGUCAGUGUAGAAACAACAGAAUGCAUUGAAGAGGAUACAAUGGACACAUCUAAUAUUGCAGGGGACAAUAACUUACGUGUUUUCAACCUAGAUUAUGGAAACAACCAAAGAAAACAGGAAAUUUUAAUGCAAAAGGACCACGAUAGUAAUAUAGAUGAAGAUAGUUCCAAAGCAAUCAUAAAUAGCUGUGUGUCACCAGAUGCUAUUAAAGAAAGACAGUCAGAACAACAAACGAUUUUCGAACAAAACAGUUCAAUGGACACAUCUAAUCUUGCAGGGGACAAUAACUUACGUGUUUUCAACCUAGAUUAUGGAAACAACGAAAGAAAACAGGAAAUUUUAAUGCAAAAGGACCACGAUAGUAAUAUAGAUGAAGAUAGUUCCAAAGCAAUCAUAAAUAGCUGUGUGUCAACAGAUGCUAUUAAAGAAAGACAGUCAGAACAACAAACGAUUUUCGAACAAAACAGUUCAGCAGGCCAAAAGCAAGCUGGAAAUGAAACAAUUGAAAAUGAGUUAGAAAAGUCUAUAAAUGAUUCGAGCAUUGCUCAUGAUGAAACAAUGAAUGAUGAUGAAACAAUGAAUGUACCAUCCAAUGGUGAAACCUUCCAUAACGAGUUUUCAGAAGAUGAUGAUAAUGACUCUGAAGAUAACUCUGCUGAUUCGGACAGUAGUGAAUUAGUUCUUAAAAUUGAGAACACCAAAAAGCCAAAACAGAGGGUUCAUGGUGGAAAAAGAUCAAUACAGAGUCACAACAGAGGGUCUAAGGUAAAAAGGGCUAAAAAGAGGGCCAGAAAGAAAGGAAAAAGCAAUGUACCUUCAAACACGAAUGAAGAAAAUGAGGUUAAAAAUGACAGACCGACAACACAUUCUGCUGCGACCAAGUCAAUAUCACAGGCGGCGGAAGUGGCUGGUGAAAGCCUACAAAGAACAACUGUAUGCCCAGACAAACACGACAAUAGUAAGCCAGAAAAAGAACGUAUUUUUGGACAAGGUGUGCAUCAAGUGAAACUGAGUACAAAUAUUGACACAUUCGAAGAAGAAGACGAUCUUCCACGUAAGGAAAGAGCAAGUUUUUUUGAAAAAAGACAAGCACGAAGCAGCAAAGACUCCAAGAAACACAAUAUGAAUUCCGAAGGAAUGGAUACAAAACAGAAAGUGACUGAACCAGUGAAAUUACAUGAAUUAACAAAGACAGGGACACAAACGCCUAAAACAAGGGACGAUAAAAACAAAAAUAUUCAGAACAAGGCAGCUAGCCAGAAGCAAAAUCCAAAGCAGAAGAUCAUUGUUGUUUUCCAUGCACUGGUAUCGAAAAACUGUUUUAAGAAUAGUGAUGAUGUGCUGGUAUUAAAAAUGGGCAAUGACUGGGACUCAGACAAACAUAAACCAAGAAGAGUCAGGGAUCAUCAAAACUACUUUGAGUAUGAAUAUAAGCUGGACUUCGAUCGCAAACAACUCGGUGAAAAAACGACAUUCUACAAAUAUUGUGUGAUCAGAGAUGGCAAGUACAAAUGGGAAGGCUAUGUAGAUGGCAGUUUAAUUAGUCCUAACCGAAAAUUACAUGUUGAGAACGGGAUGUUCGACAAAAAAGACAAAUGGCAUCAGUAUGAUGGUAUGGUUAUUCCAAAAGUAAAUCUUUUUAAAAGAGGAUAUGAGUAUUUAAAAGGCAAAUUUCCAAUGGAAGCCGCACAAAGGGCAGAACACUGUGCACUAACCUUCGUUCCAUACUGGUUCCAAGAAGGAUUUAUCCUAGAGGAUAUCAAAGAGUCAUAUCAAGUCUCACUAGAGCAUUUGGAAAUGCUAAUGAAUGGAAUUGUAAAGGUCUACCAAUAUGAUGUUGGAUGCUGGAAUAGUCCACAAGACUGUAAAAAUAGGGUUUGUUUCGUUCUAUUUCAACCUUUAAUUGAACAAAUAAGCAGUGAGGAGCAUGGAUCAAAAACCUCAAGAUUUGUGAGAGCUCUUGCCAUAAUCAUUGCAUGCAACAAGCUAGGAGUUGAUGUACCGCUUAUUGUGUGGCAGCCACUUUGUCGGAGUGUUCUUGUUACUGCUGAUCCAUUAAAAAAGAAAUGUACAGAAUUGGAUGCCAUUGCAGGCUUCUUUGAACCGGGUGAGGUGAAACAAGCCAUUGUGAUGCUAGUGAAGAAAGUUUUUAUGUAUGGAAAGGAUCCCUCUUGGAUGUUUUGCUUACCGUUGCUACACUUUGUUUGCAACGUAUGUGAGCCCUAUGAGGAAAUGAUAACAGAUCUGACUUAUGCAGCACCGAGACCAAAGUGGUGGGGAACUGCAAAUAUUACAGAUGCAGUGAAAACCUUCCAGGAAAACAGUCAAAAAUGGAAUAUGCCACUGGAUUUUAUGCUACAAACUCUUGGACCACUUUUUGAAAUGGACUAUUUGUUACCAAGAUGUAUAGUAGCAUCCCUAGCCAUACAUGAAAUUCCCUCUAUCAUUGAUAAUGAAGAAAUCCCAGUAGAGGUCUGUUGUGCAACAUUACUUCAUUGGAUGAAAGCAACAAACCCCUACUUUACAACCUUCAGUUACCUAGCAGAGGAAAAUAGCAGUAACGAAAAGACAGUGACACAAUGCUUGGAAAAGCUUCUAAUGCGCCUUCAGAAUAUGAAAGGCUCAUCUGGGAGGAAGCUGAUAAGUUGGGAGAUGUCAUAUUGCAUUGCCAAAGAACUUGUUUACUGUGCAGCAUCCAAAAAUAGAACACAAAAGCUGAUGCAUUCAUUGCACAUUUUCCUACAGUGUAUAUCAUCUUACAGCAAACUUGAAGCCGAAGGUAGUGCAAAUAAAAAUGACAGAAUGGAUGCCGUUGAAACCGUUGUAAACAAGGUUCUAAUUUGGCUUGCAUACUAUGCCAACUCUUCUUGGAAUAUAUACAUGCUACACAACCUGAAGGUUUGGGAGAGUGCUAUAAUAGAAAAACUGAGUUGUGAUGACAUUGCUACACAGUGGAAUGAUCGAAUCUUGAGGUCUUUGCAACAGAGUAUUGAGAAGGAACUUAGCGUAUUCAGUUCCCGAAAGAAUGAGUUCAUACAUCUGUACUGUGCUGAAGUUGAAAAUUUCAACACGACAAUGAAAGGAUGUCUUACCAACAUUGCUAUGAAGGCCAUAGACGGAGGAUAUACGAUUGAAUACUGGCGUCUGGGCUUGACAGAGAAGGAAAGGUUUCGAGAUCUCCUCUCCGACUUGUUCCAACGACAGUGGCAAACAGUAGUGACCAAUGGACCACAAGAUGCAGAAUACAUGCGUAUCAUCAAGAUGGCUAUUUCUUGGGAACCCAUUCAACUUUUUGUUCGAAACCAGACUGAAGAUACCGGUAUAUCAUUGCUGAUCGAUGAAUGUAAGGAAAAUCUCCAAAUUGCAAUGACGAUGCUUGAAAGUCACUGGGAAACAUUAGAAACCGGGAAAAUAGAUAUCGGCAUUUUACAAAUGAUCAGUGAUCAUUCCGAAGGGUUCUCGGACAUACUUGCUCUCAUCCGACCGAAUGAAAGUGGAUUGAAGGACAAAGUGUUAUCGACAAUUAAGAUUCGAAUGAAUGAAUUAGAAGCAUUUAAGAACCAAAGUAGACAGAUGACAGUGUUUGUAAGCCAUUGUCAGCAUUUGGAAUCAGUCGACACAAGAGCCAUUGAGGAAGUUCUGCAAAAAACUUCUAAGCUAGAAAAGCAUUCCUUGAUGGAAUUCUGUAAACCAAAGGUAGUGGAAGACUCUGAUGGAACAAGUGAUCCAGAUCUUAGAGCGUUUGAUGUUGAACCGGCUGUUCUGGAUAUUCUACCAAAAUUUGAACGCUUGGCUGAAGGAUUUGUGUUCAUAAAGAUAUGGAUUGACACAUGUUUGGGUACCACAGAGCGUUGUAAGACUCCUCUUGAUGUUGUAAAUGUGGUAUGGAAGCCUGUUUUUAAAAGAUGGACUAAAUUCUGCCAACAACUGAAGACAGGUGAAUUGAUGUUUGUAGAUGCAGAAAGAAUGUUUGGGAAAUUAAAAGAUGACGAUGAAAUACUUUUACGAGAAAUGAUGCAUUUGGAAAUACAGAGCAAAACAGCUAAUGAAAGGAUCAAACAAAUAAAGCAGAACAGGCAGCUGUCUGAUUGUGUCACAGGCGCAAAAGUCAUUUUAAAAUUUCAGCAACAGUACGAGCUACUUGGAGAUUAUCAGGCUAUCAAGACUAUUGUCUCACAUUCUGGUAGAAACUUCAAACUUCGAGAAUUUGAUAAAAAUUUGAUGCAAACAUGCGAGAUUUUAAAGGAUAUCACGAAAAAGGAAUCAAAUUGCCUUGAUGCUUUUGUCAAAUCUGCUAAACUUGUUAAAUGGUUGAAGGAAUCCAUGCACACAUCGGGUCAAAAGGAGUUGAAAGUGUUUGUUGACCUUGCGAUGAUGUCUGCUGGGGAAGAGCCAUUGAACAUUGCCAAAGUCCAGUGCCUGCAUUCAGCCGUUCUUGGAUACUCACCACUCAUAUUUGACUUAGAUGAGACGGAUUGUAACUACAUACGCCUUUUAGAGAUGUGUAAGGUUGUCUGGAAGGAACUCGCUGUAAAUCCAAAGUUGCCGAAACAGUUGCUUGACACAAACCGUGAACUAGAAUGGCUGAAAGAUAUAAAAAAAGCGCACGGUUCGGUCGAGGUGACAUCUCUCAUGCAAGCUGAGGCCAUCAAUGCAGAAGGCAUUUACACCGUGGGGAAAGGAGCAUGGAAAGGUUCAGAUUCGUCCGAUAUGAUGAUGAAAGAUAUAAUAAAGCUCACGGUGCCAGGAAAAGAUGGCCAGCGUCAACAGAAGCAUUAUACAUUUGACCAGCUCCAGGAUUUACAGAGCCGACUGAUGCUUGUUGCUGGCAAAUCUGACUCGUCAAUUGUGAAAUCCACGGAUAAAAAGAGUGAAGUGAAUGUGGACAGGUUUACAAUGAUCUUUGACAGCAUGACACGUCUGGGCUCUGUGUACCUGAAACUGUGCUCAUCUGGGUGUGUACUGUUCAACGGGUGGAAUGCAAACUUCCUCUGUUCUUUGGGACAAGAUGGACCGGUGUGUGUGACACUGGAAUUCGGGAAGGAAGAGGACAUUCCGAAAAUGAAAGGUCGGAAGUCUGAUACGGAAGGGCUGGAAGAUAUGGUUCCCAAGAUUGCCGACUUUAUGGAGAACUGUUAUAGUGAAUGGCUGGACUUCAUAAAAGAGAAAAGGAAGAAUUAUCUUUACCUAAACUUCUUCACAAUCGAUCAGCUUGUGAUUCUUCAACGGGAGCUUGUAAAAAUGGGGACAAACGAGGAGCCAACACAGAGAAUUUACCACCUCUUGUCUGCUGUGAAAGAAAACUGCUCGCAAGAAGAUGUAGUACUGGCCAUGGAGAAAGCCAAAAAGGAAUUAUUUGUGAUUGGAGAUGAAUCUGAAGAGACCUCUGUUGAAAUCGAUGAACAAGAAGAAAUUGGUGAUCAACCGGAGGAGAGGGUUGCUCGAUUUAUUCAUGAGUUGGUGGAGGCUGGGUGUGACGAAGCAGUGGCAAGGAAAUCUGUUGAACAUGUGAAACAGGAAGACAUUGACGAUUGUGAAGUGACUGAAGCCAUGAUUUGGUGCAUGGAACAAACAGAUGGAGAAAAUGAAGAUGUUGAGAUGAAUCGAGACGAUGUUGGGGACACAAAAGAUAUCGGUCAUAAGUUUUCUGGGUGGAGUCUCUCCUCAACCUCAAUAAGCUCAUUAGUCAAGCAAUCUGUAACCAGUCUUGGACACAAAAGGAAUAUCGGUGUGAAACCACUGAUAAAUGAUCUGAAAGAAUUGUGGAAAAACUUUCUUGGCUCGAUCUCAUCGAACAUCAGUGAUUAUUUAAGUCUGGAACAUCUGGGGGUCAUCCUCAACAUGCUUGCUGAGACAGAUGAGCGAAAUAUCAGAAGAAAAAUGCCGCUGGUAUAUGUGGAAAGGGAACCAAACAUCGUGGUUUGUCCAAGUGAUGAAGUUCUAAGUGUCGCACUGUCAAUCUAUAUGUACGAUCCUGACCAACCCCUGCCGCAGUCUGAUGAAGUCCUCGUGUGUACCUCGGACACCACUGCCGAUGAGGUGAGCAUAUUUUGGCGACGGGCGAUAUAUGACAGCUCUGGUAAAAUUCACUGCCUCCUCCAUGCGGACCUGCUGGAUUUUGAUGUCAGCGAGACAGCCGAACAUUGCCUGGAAGAGCUACUGUUGGACAUUAGACACUCAGAUGAUAACAAGUACCGUUUGUUCAUCAUAUGCGGAUCAGAUAACGAAUAUCGUUCAACGAUUGUAUCGUCUUUGGAGAAGUAUGUGCGGCAUGUUGGACCAGUCAAUGGGCGUCAAUUAAAGGAAUACGUGUCUCGUCAUCUGGAGGCUCCGGCAUUAGCUGGCAAACCCUGUGCAGCCAUGGUUGAUUUCAAUGGAUCAACAGUGCGUGUUAUAAAAUCCACCAGAGCAGGGGUUGGGAAAACAUUGUUUGUGCACCGAAAGGAUGAGGCAGUGCAAGCGCAGAUAUAUCGUAAAAACAAGUUGGUGGAUACACGAAAAGUGUCAAUACCUCUCCAAGAAAAAGUGAUCAACUUGCAUAGCUUCACACAGAGACUUCUUGAGCACACGCCAGACCCACGGAAACAUUCCGCGCGAAUAUUCCAUCUAAAUAUGAAUCAUGAGGUCCAGGAAGGUGUUGACUACGUUUUGUUCAACUUGCUGAUACUGAACUGUUUGGUGGACAAGUCCGGAUACGUCUGGCGGAGAUCCGUGCAUGAUUUGUAUCUCAUAGAAGCAAUGCCGAUUAUGUUUCAAGGAUCAGAUGCGAAUGAGGAGGCACACUUCGUACAUCCGGUGUUUAAUUUUUUUCCGGAUUCAACCUGUCGCUCACCUGAUGAAAGCCUUCAAAUAUAUUCUGGCAGGAAAUCUGUCCAAGAUUUUAUGCCAAAUGACCAACUUUUCGAUGAGCAGCAGUUCCGGAGUCCAGUUUUUCAGCGAACAUUCCAGUACCUAUUGAGGCUGGACGAGCGGAAAUCACUGGAAUCUGUCAGACCAUCUGAGGCAGAAGGCGAUCCUAAAACCUGCCUGGAUGUUCUGCUUAGGCAUUGCGGCGUGCGAGACCCUUCAUGGUCUGAGUUGCACCACUUUGUUUGGUUCCUGAACACCCAGCUGGUGGACUUUGAACAAAACCAGUUUGUAUCUCUUGCCGCGGCCGAGGACCUACCGGGAUUCGCAACAUUUGUCUUAAGGUUUCUCAUUCAAAUGUCGCGGGACUUUUCCACUCGAUCAUUGAACAUGAGUGAAGAAUCCCCAGGGAUGAUUCAUCAAGGCGCCAUGGAAACUGAGGAUGAAGAUCAGCUAGAGCUAUAUCAAAUGCGUCGAACAUGGGAGUCUAGUCCUCAUCCCUACUUGUUUUUCAAUUCGGACCGUUUCACUUUCACGUUUCUGGGUUUCUAUAUCGACCGAAACACUGGAAACCUUGUUGACCAACAAACAAACCGCAUACUGGAGCAGGGUAUAAUGGGCCAGAAUUUGUACGAUUCCUUGGUACGAAAUCAAGCACCAAUUAGGGAGGACUUUGAUACAUUGCCAAGAGACCAGAAAAUCAUGAAGCUGUGCAGCAUUAUGGGCGUAGAGUUUCCGCAUGACCCUGAUUCCACAUACGAACUUACCACGGACAAUGUGAAAAAGAUCAUGGCAAUCUACAUGAGAUUUAGAUGUGACAUCCCUGUGAUUAUCAUGGGUGAGACAGGUUGUGGGAAAACACGCCUCAUCAAGUUUAUGUGUGAACUACAGUCACCGCCCGGUGUUGAUGUCAAGAACAUGAAACUCAUGAAGGUGCACGGGGGAACAACAAAUGAAGAUAUCAAACGGAAAGUGAACGAGGCGGAGAUCGCUGCAAGGGAGAAUAUUGAAAACUAUGGCCGCCAAAUGUACACAGUCUUGUUCUUUGACGAGGCUAACACAACGGAAGCUAUUGGACUUAUUAAGGAAAUCAUGUGUGACAAAUCAAUAGCUGGGAAGCGUCUGGCUCUUUGUGAAAAUCUGAAAAUUGUUGCCGCAUGCAAUCCUUACAGAAAACAUACUGAUGAAUUGAUAAAAAAGUUGGAGCAAGCCGGCCUGGGGUAUCACGUUGAUGCAGAUGAGACGACUGACAGACUUGGGCGCGUACCAAUGAGGAGACUGGUGUAUCGUGUGCAACCACUCCCACAAAGCUUAAUGCCCCUGGUCUGGGACUUUGGACAACUAAACACAAAGGUUGAGGAAUUGUACAUCAGGCAGAUGGUCCGGAGAUACGUAAAUGAUGACAGACUUCCAAACAUUCCAAACUUGAUCGAGGUCAUCAGCCGCAUUCUGACAGUGUCUCAAGACUAUAUGAGAGCGCAAAAGGAUGAGUGCAGUUUUGUGUCGCUGCGGGACGUAGAGAGGGUAUUGGCAGUGAUGUCGUGGUUUUAUGUCCAGGGUAUGGACGGAGGAUGGCUGUUUGAAGAUAAAGACAGGAUAGUGGUCGAGAUUGAGGAACAACAACAGGAUGACAGCGAUGAAGAGGAAGAAACAGAAGAUGAGGAGAGAUAUUUGAUACAGGGUCUUGAUAAUAUCACGAGAUCUCUCAUUCUGGCCCUUGGUGUGUGUUACCAUGCCUGUCUGAAGACAAGACAACAGUACAGACAGGUUAUUGCAGGGCAUUUCCGCCAGCCAUGCAGCCUCCAGGGCGGAGAAACUCAGAUAUUGGAUGAAAUUGAACGAUGCCAGGAGAUCUUUUUGGACAAUGUGUCUUUGGAGGACAACAUUGCACGAAAUACUGCUCUAAAGGAGAACGUCUUCAUGAUGGUUGUUUGUAUCGAGCUCAGAAUACCACUGUUUCUUGUCGGGAAACCUGGAAGUUCGAAGUCUCUGGCAAAGACAAUAGUCUCAGAUGCCAUGCAAGGGAACAGCGCUAAACAUAAAUUAUUCAGAUUGCUGAAGCAGGUUCAGAUGGUAUCGUUCCAAUGUAGUCCGCUGUCCACCCCAGAUGGCAUUGUUGGAACGUUUCGACAAUGCGCGCAGUUUCAGAAGGACAAAGAUCUGCAGACAUUUGUGUCAGCUGUCGUAUUGGAUGAGGUUGGACUUGCUGAGGAUAGUCCAAGAAUGCCACUAAAGACACUCCACCCACUUCUCGAAGAUGGUUGUCAAGGAGAUGAGAAACCAGAACCAUUUAUGAAGGUUGCCUUCAUUGGAAUAUCCAACUGGGCAUUAGAUCCAGCCAAAAUGAACCGUGGAAUUCUCGUCCAGAGAGAAGUACCAGACCUUGAAGAGCUCCAGAACAGCGCUCGUGGUAUCUGCGGGAGUUCUGAAGACCUAGGAAACUUGAUGGAGUCUCUGAUAAAGCCUCUGUCGAAAUCCUACCUUGACGUUUUUGCACAGGCAACACAGAAAAUGAGAGAAUUUUUCGGGUUAAGAGACUUUUAUAGCUUGGUCAAAAUGGUGUAUAGCUUUGUAGAAAAAUCAAAACAGCCACCAACAUGGUAUGAAAUGCUGCAUGCUAUACGACGCAAUUUUGGUGGAUUGGACCAAGUAAACCCAGAGGAAAUCUUCAGACAUCAUUUGGCUCGCGUGAUUUCAUACUCUACAGAGAGACACGGGACAGGAGACCCCGACUGUUCACCUGAUGGUCUUAUUCGCGCCUGUCUCUUUGACACAAACAAAACAAAAAGUGAAAGUCGAUACAUGCUUCUGCUGACCGAAAACUUUGGAGCGCUGUCUAUCAUUCAGCAGCUACUUCAAACUAAGGGCAAUGAGAUACGACCAAUUACAAUCUUUGGGAGCAGUUUCAGGAGCGAUCAAGAAUAUACACAGGUGUGUAGAAACAUCAACAAGAUCAAGGUCUGUAUGGAAACGGGGAACACCGUUGUUCUGCUCAACCUAGACAACCUAUAUGAGAGUUUGUAUGAUGCCCUCAACCAGUACUACGUCUACUUCGGCGGUGAGAGAUACGUCGACCUUGGACUCGGGACACACAGAGUAAAGUGUCCUGUUCAUAAACACUUCAGGCUGAUUGUGGUAGCUGAAAAACAAACAGUGUACAAGAAAUUUCCAAUCCCGUUAAUAAACCGCCUGGAAAAGCACUUCCUUACAGUGAACACCAUUCUGAAUGAAAGUCAACAGCAGCUUGUGGUGGCGCUGGAAAAGUGGGCAAGCGAAUUUGCCAGUCAAAGUUAUGGCAGUAGUUUCACACAAAGAAACACCCAGCGUGUAAUAAAAGUGGGAGACGUUUUCAUUGGCUUCCACAAGGAUACGUGCUCAGCCAUUAUACUGGAUGUUUCACAGGAGUACCCAGAUAAACAAGAAAUCGAGCUGUUAGAAGCUGGCCAGCUACUACUACUUUGGUGUGCAACUCCGGAGAGUGUUGUUCGACGUAACAAAUUAGACGAACGUCAACAAAAGCGGUUCCAGAAGUACUACCAUGAACGACAAGCACACAGUAGCCUGAUUUCCUACCUGCAAAUGAAGCUGAAGAAAGAGAAAAUUGAACAAUUAUUUGCACAGGUGACAACUCACAACAAGCUUCUUGCGUCAGUUCAUAAGCAAGAUAUCAGCUUAGAACUUGGCAUAGAUGUUGACAGAAUAAUCCUUCUGGAGACUCUUUCCUCCUUUGAUACAGAGCAGCAGUUUACGAACAGAGUUCAGCAGCACUUGCAGUCAGUCGGGACUGACGAGAGUUUGAUGUUGAUUCAAUGUGAUUCCGGUGAUGUAAAUUCAAAUCUGAUCGCUUGUGCCCGUUAUAUUGUAAUGGAUGAAUAUGAAAAGGCACGGGAAGAUUUACGAGCUCCAGUGCACGCCAUUUUCAUUGUACAGCUACCUCGAAAGGCGGGUGGAUGCUUCACCGGAUUUCAGUGCGGCCGCUGGCAUUCAGCCCACAUAGAUGAUUUAUGCCCGGAGAGUACCCAGAUGCCGGAUAUCCAAGACCUGCAGGGAAAAACAGUCAGCAGCAUCUUCCACAACGUGGUUAGGAAACAAAGUCCACCCUGUGAUGUAGAUACGGAUCAAGGUGAAGAAAUGGAUUGGACUGCAAAUGGGACAAGUGACACUCUACAGAAUGAUCUUAAUUCGCAAAUUGGUGACGGGUCAAAUAAAGGAGAGGAUGUGAUGGACAUAGAUGCAGAAUUGAACACACCAAUUCUGGAAGUGCGAAAAGACCUUGCUGAACAUCAAAGACAAGCAGUUUUGAAGCUUGAUGGGCUGAUUAUGAAGUGUGUUCAAACGGCGCUGGCGAUGGUCAAAGACAAGGAGGGGUACACACACAGAGAAACACAGAGAAUUGACAUCAUAUUGAAAUGUUUAAGACAUGGCAAAAAUUUAGAACAGGAGGCUGACACGUUCUUAACAGGUUUGCAAAGACUGAUUGGCCAGUUGCUGAAGGAGAAAGAGGAGAAGACGGGAGAGUACAUAGCUCAACUGUGGAUGACACGUGAGGCUGCGGCAGCCGAAAACAUCAACAAGGCUGGCACAUUUAGGCGAUCCUGUUUGCAGACGAUCAUCUCUAAAGUGUCUCCGAUCCUGGCUGGAAUCAUUGCAUACCUCGAUACCAACAGGAAUCUUGACCUUAUUCACAGUGACGUUGCCUGGAAACAGCUGCUGUGGACGACGGUCCUCAAUACUGAAGAAGCAACACAACUACAGUUUUCAGAUUUCCAAUCUCCAAAGAGACGCAGUGACCUUGGUGAGAUGCUGGUCAUGACGACCGGUCGUGAAGGUCACAUGUUCUCCGCCUGUCUGCCCUUCUCCUGGACGAUGAUUCAGAUGAUUGCGGAUAUAUUGCAUGAAAUUUUACCCUCUGAUGAAGAAUUCGACGAUGGACCUAGCCGAAUAGUGCAUGAACAAGACAGGAAAGUAGCAUUAUGUUCGAAGAUCGUUGCUGCAAGGCCGAUGGGAAAGAUACUGAAUCAACUGGUGGAUGGUAUUCAGGAAGCAAGUGAAGAAAAACAGCAUGCCCUCGUUUUUGCAAUCGUAGAAGAGUACAUACAGGACUUUGUCCACACGGUCUAUAAUCCUGGACGUGAAGAUGAAUUCAAGCUUGUGUGUCAGAUAGUGCAUGGCAAGACAAUGGAAAUAUGUGAGGUUACAAAUUCUAUGGGAUGCCUGAUCCAAACUCUGACUUGUGUUCACAUUGCAUACGAGAGUCUGGCACUGAGACUUGCCUACUUCAGAAGCAUGAACGGAGUAUGGCCACAGUGUAGCUCGGUCAUACUUGAGAUCAAGAAAACCAACCCGGAUCAUUUCAUGUUCAAGGAACGAGAGUUUACGUUUUCUGCGUUGUGUCUAUUGAUUGAGAAUUUAAACCCCAAAACUCAAGAAUUAAAUGACGAAGUACAGAGAGGAAACUGGCUUCAUAAAGUCCAUCUGUACCGACCCGUGGUCGAGAAAGUGCUAAAUCUGCAUUUAGAAGACCCGGCUCUAUAUGGAAAUCACAGUGAACCCUCCAUACGAAGAGCCAAAUCAACCUGGGGUCGUGUGAUCGUAAUGAAGCUUUUCAUUGAGCAUGUGUGCAAAAAGGAUGGGAGAGUUGCAAUCACCAUCAAAUAUUGUAUGCCACUUUGGAAGAUACUGGGGGAAGAAACUAAUAUGAAGGAACGAAAGUCCUUUGAAGGCGUUGAGAAAUUUUUAAAAACAUGCAACCAAAGUGCACUAAAAACAUUCAAUGGAGCUGAGAUAACAUGCUGUAACUGUGAACGGAAGCUAGAAGGCCCGCCAGUCACUUUACCUUGCAAAAACAAAGAUGUACUGUGUGACGCCUGCCUUCGAGGAAUGAAAGCUCUCGAACAGGACGUGUGUCCCAAGUGUCAUGAAAAUCUAGGAACAGACUGGCAACCAUUACAUAAGGAUGAGAAAAGCAAAGAAAGACAUCAGCUCAUCGAAUAUCAAAAGAGGUGUAAUGCCUUCUUCAUGGACGUUGUCGCUCAACUCUGUUUCUCCGACGGACAACCACCAUCAAGGAAUGUGUUGGAAAAGUUGCUUGGAUACGUCACCUGCUCGGCAAGAGAUGGCCAACUGCGAUUUACAAAGAACCUGACUAUUUUUGAGACCGGACUGGACCCUAAUCCAGUCUUUAGGUCAUUCCUUCUACAGUUGAUGCUGAAAUCUAGUGAAGAGGAGUUUGUGAAAGAAAGCCUGAAAGGAUACAUCGAACAGGCUCAAAGUUUUUUUAGAGAUGAACAGAACCUGGUAGACCUUAGUCUACUAAUCAUUCAGUGUUUAGAGGAUACAAUGCUCCAACAAUGGCACAGGCAACACACGCAUAGUUGGUCUUAUAUUAUCUGUCUUCUUGAAACUGCUGGAGAGAGCCUUGUUGACAAUCAACUAUCGAUAGAGAAACUGUACAGUAUCGCAAGAACACGUGUUGGCCUUUCACAAGCUGCGAGAGUGAUUGUCAACAUUGUGAAUGCAGGAACGGAGCUUCAGAAACUAACCACUGAGCAGCGAAAUGUUAUUGCCUCUGCGAAAAGGCUUUGCAUGGCUUCUUUGUUGAAGUGGCCAAAGAUAUUCCUAGUAAAGCACCUGUGUCGCUGCUACGGUAUUGACGUUUACCAGUCCAUAUGUCGACAUCGUACCACAUUGCUUAGGUGGAUCGUGAUUGAGGAGUUGGAAAGAGAUCAGACACAAGAGGUGUCAGAUCGCUAUGUCGUGUGUGGAGAUGGCUAUGUUGCGAUCAGGGAGGCAGUGUCACAAGUUAUCCUGGGAGAGGACAUCAGCACACUGGAAAAUCAAGUACAGGAGCUGCGCACAACAGGAGGUCGUGUCGAUACAUAUCUACAGCUAGCUGUACAUAGAGAGAUAACAUGCUCGUAUGUCCGUUCAAUAAAGGAACGAACGGCCACCACAGAGUCACUCCAAAAGAUAGCAACGUUUCUUGAAGCAACGCAAAGUCAACAGAAUACGCCAAUACUGCGCCUCAUGAUGAGUAAUGAACUUGAACCCCAACACUUGGUGACAAUUCAAGGAUCUGAUACAAGACGACAAGGCCUUCAAUGUUUGAUCGUACAUUGUAUGACGGUAUUGUCACAGCUGAAUGGAGACAGAACUCUUCUCUACCUACUUCUAGCAAUGAUUCGAGGGGAACAGGAUAUACGGGGUAUGUUUUUGCCGACAAUGCCACAAGAUGAUUUUGCUGAAAUCCAAGAAGCUAUGCUGGCUAAUCGAGGAGCAGAAAAUCCAGUCUUUUAUCGCUGUCCGAAUGGACACGCGUAUGUGAUUGGAGAUUGCGGGAGACCCGCUGAAGUUGGAAAGUGUAAAGAAUGUGGUGCAAAUAUCGGCGGACGUGGCCAUCAGGCUUUACCAGGAAAUUCGAAACAUGCCGGGGGAGACAACACACUUCAUGGCCACAUUUUGGGCCGGGCGGUUCCCAAUGCGCCCCUACGACCUGUUAGGGAGCUGUCGGCUCUUCACUGCUGCGUGAUCCGAUUGUUACUACACAUGUCCAUGUUCAUAGGGCCUUCUCGACGGAUGGUUUCGAUUGUCUGCCCGGACAUUGAGGAAGGCAAUAUCCAGCAAUUCCUCUGGGAGCACAUUGAAACCGACAUCGGGUACCUACAUCGAGCCCUUGGCCGGAGUGUAGAUGACGUCCUAUUGCUCAUGCACUGUGUCAUCCAGAAUAUCAUGGUCAAACAUAAUGAAGGAACCACUGUUCACGGGGACAUCGCUCAACUUCGAACCAAACAAGGGAGACAAGCGUGGGAGAAACAGUUUUCUCUUGUUUUUUUACAGGAUGUUUUUCAGAGCAUUGAUCAUCACCUGAAACAUUUCAACCAAGUAAUUGCUACUGAUCAGAGAUUAGGUUCCAAUCCACUAAUGUGUGUUCUGUACGAGACGGAUAACCAGCAACAAGCCGAAAGUCCCUAUCAGCUGGAAGAAAUACCACGUGUAUGGAGAUACAGAACGCCAUUAUCCAUAGAGCAUAUGAGGCAAGACCUGGAAACUAGGAAUCCAUCCGGGAACGACAGACUUCCAGUGCUAAGAUUGUUCUUUAAACAGGACCACAUUCUACAAGCCAUACAAUUCAUUCCAAGCAUUAUUGGUCUUCAGAGGAUAUUGCUGCAAAAAUUCCAAAAGAAACUAGAUAAAGCUGAAGCAAACACAAUUCUAGUCAAAGACAUGAUAAAAGACCAACUUGCUGGCCCGGACACUGAGAAAUUCUUGCAAGACUUUGGUCAUGCUUGGGAUAUAACUCGCAAGCUGCUUGAACUCUAUGUAUGUACAACAGAAUUUGGAAGCAUUGUUGUUCCAAAGCAUCAGUGUGUUGAGCCAGUUUCAAUGGAAACACCGUUGUCAGUUUUCCUUCCAUCAAGCACUGAGACUGGACUUUGCUCAUAUGCAAUGCUUGACUUGUUAUUUAGAAAACAGAAUGAAUUUUUACACAGCUAUAUAAAGGAAUCUGGGAGGAGGAGCACCUCCAUUCAGACUGUGGCCCCGUUGGAGGUAACGUCCGCACACCUGAUAAGCUAUAACCCUGAGCAGGAUAUUCUACCCCUCGUCUUAGCCAACUGUCAGUACACGUUUGAGAUGGGUAAGGGUACAAAGAUAGAGUACGACUUUGCUGGGCUCGAACGUCAGAUCAUGGACAGGUUCCUCUUCUCAAAAUCUAGAAUUGACAUGGGAUAUUACUUACAGAUUGAACAAAUGGUAUAUCGGACAGAGUUUACAAAUGCUGCAGUAUUCGAAAACUUGGAAGAAAAAAUUCCGCAGCAAACCUUGGGAUUAGCUGUAAAGACACAGAUAAGCGAAGAGAUAAAGAAUCUACCAGAAUUGUGCCGAUUUCUGGACAACCUCGACAUAGCAAUCAGUUUCCUCAAAACUGCAGGGGGACAGCAAUCUGACAAUUUGAGCACCUUUAUGGUUGAGACACUGCAGCUGGAACAUGCAAUGACAAGUCAGAAGGCUCGACAGUCGUGUGAGUUCCAGCAUGCAAAAUCUCUGUGGUUACUGUUGUCAUACUUGAAAUCCAAGCUUAUGGUCGAUCAUUUUCAGUCAAAACAGGAAGUGUUUGAGACCCUGCUGGAGAGGUAUCACGAAGAGCUGUCAGAAGAGCUACAGAAAUCACUUGGUGGCUAUAUGAAAACUCUGAGCGUAGAUAAGCUUUCUGGCAUACUAGAAAUACUGCAUCAAUUCAUGCUCCUACGGAUUGCCAGACGAGAAAACACCAGUGACGAGGAUUACAUUGACACUGCUGAGAACAAGCUUGGUGAAGAGCUUCUAGCCUUUGUCGAAAUAAUGGAAAAUCCAUGCAUAGACACGGUAGUUUUGGUGGAAUUCCCACAUGAAAUACACUUUAAACAUAGCGUAUGUACAUGGAUUAUGGGAUAUACGACGCUUCAAAAGAAAAUGGGACGAAGGCGACACUGAUAAAGAUAUUGUAAUCGAGGUGCAGAUGGAACAUUAUAGAUCAAAGACAAACUUGUGUGUGCCUUAUAUGACGCUAGUAAAUCAAAACCUCUCAACAAAUGUUACAUAUUUUUUUUGUAUACAUGUAGAUAUCGAAAAAGUUAUAUUUAAUGUACAUGCCAUAUUAAAGUUUAACAAUAUGAUCAUCUUUAAGACCGCUGCUUGAAUUGAUAGUUUCCAACUUUCUCUAUAAUGUGUGUGAUUUUAUAUUUCUAUAAAUAUUUUAGUCCUGUAGUACAUGGUGGUUUAUUUCGCAUGUGUAAUGGUUUCAGUAAUUGUUUUGUUCGGAAAUUGUCAUUUAAUAUUGUUGCUCAUUUGAAGGAUUAGGUAUUGCUUGUGUAAUUAGAUGUCGAUGUAUUUCGCUCAUUCUUUAGCAACAAGCUAUGCAGUUUGCUUAUUAGUAUUACAUUUUUAAAGUGUAUUUUAUAGUAGCCUUUUUGUGCCUAAAUAUCUUAUAGUAUCAACUUGUAAGUUAAAAAUGUCUAUCUUCAAUCCGGUUUUUUGAAUUCCAAAAGCCAUAAUGACAUUGAACUUUAUGUACAUUCCUUUAUUUUUAAUAGUAUCUUUCGUUUCUUAUAUUUGUGUUCAAAAUAUUCCCAUUUAUGUGAAUAUUACAACUUUACAUUUUGUUAUCACGCUAACUGGACCAAAGCAUGGUUUUGCCACGAUUUCCUAUUCCAAAUUAUAAUGUCCGUACUGAUUAUAUCAGAAACAUAGUGCAGUGAUUUGUGCCCAGUUAUGUACAUAUAGUUUUUAACCUUGUUUUAAGUGAGCUUGUGCGUGAAUGCAUGUGUGCGCGUACAUAUGUGCAAUAUAUGUACGUUUGUGCUCUAUUGACUUAUCAUAUAACUAAUAAUGAGCUUUAGAUGGUGAGCUGUUUUAUUGGUUCUACUUAAUGCCCAUUUGCUUUAAGAAAAGAAUACUUUGCACAUAUUUGUGAUACUGCUACAUAUGUGUAUGUGUUUGUCUCUUUGUUACUGUCUUUUUUGUAUAUUUUUCCAGAAGUUCGUAGUAUGCGAUCAUUUGUGGAUACAAAUAUUAUUACACUAUAGUUGAAAGUAUUUAAUGUGUUGUUUUUAUAAUUUAGUUUGUAUAUAACGGUGUUGAUUUUUUUAAAUUAUGAUUAUGCAUGUUCGAUUUAAUUAUGUAUAUUGAAAUAUGUAACAUUAUUCUUGGUAAAUGCUGAUCUGUUUUGUGUUAUAUGAUAUUGUAUUGUUUCCGUACCGUUGUUUAAAACUGUAUAUUUUCCAAGUAUGUAGAAUAAUAUAGUUGUGGCAAACAUGCUUGUCAUUUGAUAACUAGUUGGAAUGGUUAUUAUUGCAGUAGGUAGAAAGGCAGUAGGUAAAAAUCAGACUGCGAUUUGUACAACUGUGCGCUAUAUAUUUGUGUUAUUUCUUAACGAUGUCUACUGUAAUCCCAACAUUCUGUAAAUCUACCUAAAAGGGGUAUACUUAAAUCCUUGAUACGUACACUAAAAUGUUACUUGCAUAUUGCAUGUUGUUACAGUUAACUUAUAAAGUGUUAGCAAUGUAUGUUUUAUUCAUGUAGAAUUAUGUGUUCAUUAUAUAUGAAUGUAUAUAAUAUAUCUACAGCUUAAUAUAGUAUUGUUUACUGUAUACUUAAUACUUUGUAUACUUUAAUGUUUUGACUACACAUUUUAUUACCGUUACUUCAAGGGAGUACCCAAUGUUUUGUUUUGGACGGAUGCCCGUUAAGCAUACAUCAUUAUCUUAUUAAACAAACUAUAUAUUGUAAAUGAUACUAGAUUCGUAUUUUUACUGUAUACUUAAUGCUUUGUAUACUAUAAUGUUUUGACUACAUAUUUUAUUAACGUUGCUUCAAUGGAGUACCCAAUGUUUUGUAUUAGACGGAUGCCUUUUAAGCAUAUAUAAUUAUCCAAUUUAACAAACUGCUUUUUGUAAAUGAUACUAGAUUUGUAGUGAUUCCUUUGUUUCAUUCUAAUGUUGCUUGCUAAGAGUUCUGUUUGGGACUUGGAUUUGUUUUGUAAUUUCAGUAACUGCAUGGACUGUAUUGAGCAAUAUAUAUGCAGAUAUAUUUAUUGUUAAUCUUAAAUGAUGAUUUAGAAAGAUGCCUUAAUUAUGAGCAGGUUUGUUUACCAUUAUGUUUAUGUGAAAGAACACUGUUCGUGAUCAUGCCUCUAUAUUUUGCUUAGCUGAUGUAAUGCAGUAUUAUUAUAUGCAUACGCAUGUUUGAGUGUGUUUGUUUAUAGACAAAAAUUGUGAAUAAAAGCUGAAUGCGUGUUGUAUGUGUGAAUAAACCAGUUACAUUCA